UCAAAUCAGUAAGAAUAUGCUUGAAUAUACAAAUACACAUUGCCAGAUUUGACAGUGCUUGUCCACAUUAGGACCAGAAUAUGCUAAUCGAGGGAUAUUACGUAAGUUACUAGUCUACAGACUUUAGAUUGAAAAGCCCUGGCUUCAAGUCAACCAUCCUAGCAAUUUCAGAAUUUAUCCAUUACAUUUCCGGCUACAACCAUUCUCAUCUCAUCUGAGCCUUGAUUGUAGUUCUGUUGCGGCUAGAAAUGGCAGACCUGGUCUUAUGCCCAGCUUUGCAAGUGAUCCUUGACAGAAUAGCAUCCCCACUCAUAGAAAAGUUUGCUAACAUGUGGGAUUUCAAGGACAACCUCCAGAGCCUAAGAGAGACCUUGAUGUUGAUUCAACCCACUCUCGAGGAUGCGGAAGAGCAACAAUUCUCCAACAAAGCUGUCAAAAUUUGGUUGUCAAAGCUCGAGAAGGCAGCUUAUGAUGCUGAGGACGGACUGCACUACUUGACUGCUAAAGGUAUGAUCCGUAUCAAUUGUGUUCAACUUCUUGAUCUUAUGACUGCUUCCCACAUUAAAGAGAUGCUUCUGGCAUUAGAAACAACUAUAAAUGAGGGACUUGUUAAGUUUACUUUUACAAGGCCUAAUAUGGUAGAUCAUCGAUCUUCCGUGUGGGAGACUAGCUCUUUUGUCAUCAAGUCACAGAUAUAUGGAAGAGAUGAUGACAAAGACAAGAUCGUGAGACUGUUGCUGUCUUCUCAAGCUUACCAGGAAGGAUGUGCAUCUUGUAUCGCAAUAGUUGGUAUUGGAGGAAUUGGUAAGACCACUCUUGCUCAAUUAGCAUAUAAUGACGAGAGAGUAAUCCAAAACUUCGAUGUUAGGAUGUGGAUUUAUGUCUCUGAUGAUUUCAAUGUCAAGAAGAUCAUGAAGACAAUUAUCGAGUCAGUAACAAAGGAUGAGUGCAGGUUCUCAGACAUUGAACUUCUUCAGUCUCAGCUUUGGCGUCUGCUGCACAAUAAAAGAUACCUCCUCGUGUUGGAUGAUGUUUGGACUUCGCAUCACAAUGACUGGGACAAACUAAAACCUUUGUUUAGAGGGGGUGUUGAUGGAUGCAAAGUCAUUGUUACCACCCGCAAUACAAAAGCCGCACUCAUGACAGACUCUCCAAAUUCCCCUUUUUAUUUGAAGGGCUUAGAGGAGGAGGAUUGCUGGGCUUUGUUCAAGCAACAGGCUUUUGGGCGAGGAGAAGAAGAGAAAUAUCCACACCUUUUGCCAAUUGGUAAGCAGAUUGUCAGAAAAUGUGGAGGUGUGCCAUUAGCAGCAAAAAGUUUGGGAAGUAUAAUGCGCUUCAAAAGAAAUCAACAACAGUGGUUGUCUGUGCAAAAUACUGAACUUUGGAAAUUGGAUGUGUGCGAACUAGACAUUCUUCCUGCCCUGAUGUUGAGUUACUUUUAUCUACCAUUUCAUCUUAGAAGAUGCUUUGCCUUCUGCUCAAUGUUUCCAAAAGGUUAUGAAUUCAGCAAGUACAAGUUAAUUCAUAUGUGGAUGGCUGAAGGCUUAUUAUUGGAAGACGCAAGCAAGCGACCUGAAAAUGUUGGUGAUGACUGUUUCACCAAUUUGUUGUGGAUGUCUUUCUUUCAAGAAGUAGAUCGAUGUGAUGGUGGAGGUGUGAUUUGGUACAAAAUGAAUGAUGUCAUUCAUGACCUCUCACAGUAUGUUGCAGGGAACACAACCAUGAUACUUGAAAAUGGUUUCCAGCCAAAGAAUUUAGAAAAAAUUCGCCACUCCUCUGUUGUUUAUAGAUAUAGAGCAAUUACAAUUCCACAAGCUCUGUAUGAAGCAAAACACCUGCGAAGUCUGUUAUUUAUUGGAGAAUCUGGCUUGAUAAAGGACUUUCUUUAUAGAAUCUCUUCAAGUUUUGAAUACUUGCGUACGCUAGAUCUGAACAGUUGUGAUGUUCAUGAAUUGCCAUAUUCAGUGUGCCGCUUAAUAUGUUUGAGAUAUCUUGACCUGUCUUACACACCUAUAUUCACGCUUCCUGAUUUCAUGGCAUGGAAACUCGCGUCUCUGCAGACUUUAAACCUACUCGGUUGCCCUAAUCUGAGGCGUUUGCCUCCCUUGGGAGUCAUGACAGGCCUAAGACAUCUCGAUAUAACUGCAUGCGCAAGUUUGACUCAGAUGCCUAAGGGUAUUGGAGAACUACAUCAACUUGAGACAUUGCCAUUGUAUGUUUUUAGCUACAACGGCGGGGCCCUUGAGCUGGGUGGUUUGAAUCUUUAUGGCACGUUGAAUCUCACACAUUUGGAAAAUGUAACAAAGGUAGUAGAAGCGAAAUCAGCAGGAUUGAGGAUGAAGGAGAAUAUCGAGUCAUUGGGACUAUAUUGGAGAGGCGAAGAAGUGGAUGAAUCAAUCAUGAUAAAAGUACCUAAAGCCCAACAAGAAGCAGUCAUCUCAGGAUCUCAGAGAGUGCCACAGAAUUCUGACCCUGUGGAAGAAAUUCUUGAAGCCUUGAAACCGCACGACAAUCUGAAGAUGCUAGUUAUAAAUGGGUAUCCAGGAACUAGACUUCCUGAUUGGACUCUCCCGAAUCUAACUGCAGUUUAUUUGAAGGAAUGUAGAAAUUGUCAGAAUCUUCCAGCUGUUGGGAAUCUCCUGAUGCUUAAAACUCUUUCUUUGCAAGGAAUGGAUUGUCUGAAACACGUUGGUGCAGAUUUCUAUGGUGAUGGUACCAGCAUACCAUUCUUGUCACUUGAAGAGUUAUCGCUCUGUGAUUUAUCCAACUUGGAAGAGUGGUCGAGUGCAAAUAACAUGACUUCAUUCCCGAGAUUGAGGAAGUUAACCGUUAACAGGUGUCCCAAGUUAGCACAUAUACCAUUAUCUGAAUCUCUUCAACAUUUGGAGUUGCGGGGUUGUAAACUACGUUUGAUGUCCAUAGCAAAUUUAAGUUUACUUUCUGUGCUCGUCUUGGAAAAUAUUCCAGACCUAUCCUCUCUCCCAGAAGGACUUAUUGCAUCAGCUCAUUUGUCUUGUCUGAAGAUUUUGUCAUGCCCCAAGCUUUGUUCACUGCCUUUGGAGAUGGGAAAUUGCCUUACUAGUCUGAAAUCAUUGACCAUUGGUUGGUGUCAAGAUCUUUCGUCUCUGCCUGAGAGUUUGCAAAACCUCAAAGCCCUGGAAUCACUGGAGAUUAGUGACUGUCACUACAUAAUCUCCAUGCCGGAUGGUGCUAUUGGAGGUUUGAGUUCCCUUCGAACAUUGUCCAUUGAGAACUGCACUAGUCUGACUUCCUUGUCCUCAAGUUUGGAACAUUUGACAUUCCUUGAACACUUGACCAUUAUGUAUUGUCCAAGUCUUGAUUGUUUUCCAGAGGGUGUGCAACACCUCUCUGCCCUUCGAAGUUUGACUAUCCUGAGCUGUCCUUGGUUUGACUCUCUGCCAAAUGGCUUACAAAAUGUCAGGACACUGCACUGUUUGGAAAUUAGUAGCUGCACAAAUCUAAGAGCUUUGCCAGAAUGGUUUGAGAAUCUUGACUCUCUUAGAUCCUUGACCAUAUCUGCUUGUCCUAAUUUAGAAGAAUUGCCGGCAGGUCUAAAGCAUCUCACUAAACUCCAGUACCUCUCUAUCCAAGAAUGUCCUGAGCUUGAGCAAAGAUGCAGACAAGGAAGUGGAGAGGAUUGGUUCAAAAUAGCUCAUGUUCCACAUAAAUGCAUUGGUUCUCCUCAGGUCAAUCAAUCCAGAGAAGCAAGCACCUCAGGUGGAUCGUCUUCUCAAACAUCUGCUCACGGCAUGAGCAACUAAGCAAUCAGAGAAGUUAAGUAAUCAACAGCCUUCACAGCAUAAAGACUGUUAAUAGUUUAAUACCCCCUACUUUGUUUCUCUGGGUACGUUUUUAUUAUCCUAAUUAAAGACUUCCAAAAGUGUGUAAGUAAAUGUAUAGCUGGUUCAGCAGCUAUCUGCUAGUCCUUUGAUUAAUUGGUUUUGUGUUUUCAUUUUAAUAUUAGUCUGUGGUAAUUAAGACUCUGGAAGAUGA